CUUGAGCCACACUAAAGACACUUCCUGUCACCUUACAAGAAACUAGAGCUGCUGACAGAUUUGCUUCGCUCUCACACGGUGUUCAUCAACCGGGACUGGAUAAAGCUAGAUUUUGUGCAAGACUCUAAUUCCUGGAUUUCUUUAGCAGUGUGGAUAUGGGAGGUAGAGCGGAGGUAGUGGUGAACAGGCUCAUGUCCAGCAUGCCCAACACACAUUUUUCACGCUCCACACCGAGCCGCUUAAGGCUCCGUCCACAGACUCAAUGGAAGGGCAAGCGCGUGAAGACAUCCUUUCAAAAGAUAAAAGCCAGAGAUCCCAGCCCCACCGAGAUGAGCGUGGAGCCUUGGGCCAGCCCGCAGGACCAGGCAGCCGCUGAACUCUCUCACAGCGAACACACGGACACGCCGCCCUCUCAGGAUCAGGAGCAGCGCCCUGAUAAACUCUGCCUGGACUCGUUCUGGAGUGAGGUUGAGAAUAUCCAACAGGGGAGUGGCUACGCAGACGACUGCAGCAGGAGAGAUUCGAAACACUCCGAAGAAGGAGAGCAGGAGGAGCAGUGGUUGGCCGAUGCUGGCUUGUCAACCCUCAUCAGUGAGGAUACUGAGACAGUAGACAAAACUGCCCUGCUGUCCACUCUGACCAAGACGCAGGCCGAAGCUGUUAAGCGUCGAGUAGAGACCUACACGCUCCGCAAACGGAACAAACCGCCACCGCGUGACGUUCGCGACAUAUUCAGCUCACAGACCCUCGUGUCCGAGUCUCAGCAUAGUGAAGACCCAGCCCAAAACAGCAUGGCAUCGGUAGCCAAGUCACCUUUAUCAGCUGUGACCCCAGAGCAUCAGCGAGGUACUCCCAAAGAUGAAUACUUCAUCACUGAUGUGGCUUAUUGUGAACAGGCCGUCAUCCUCAUCAAACAAGCCAAACUGCCACAGAAUAACAGCCAGCGCAGGAAGGAGGACGGCACCCUGCCCCGGGUCAUCUGCCCCAAGUGCCGUCUAGGAGUGACUCGUAUUCAAGAUCUCUCCCACGCUGACAUGAAGAAGGUGCGUCAGUUGGCUCUCAUCGACAUGACGGCGCUGUGCGACCUCCUAGAGCUGGAGGUCAAAAGGCACAAAACUGGCAAGAGGAAAAACCCAGAGAGCCCGCUCUUUGGGGUCCCACUGGCCACGCUGCUGGAGAACGAUCAGAAACUGAAGCCCAGCACUUCGAUUCCUCUCUUGCUGCAGGAAUUGUUGUCAUUUCUGGAGAAGAAAGGAAUCGAUUCGGAGGGGAUCCUGCGUGUUCCAGGAUCUCAGUCCAGAAUCAAGCUGCUGCAGCAGAACUUGGAGGCCAACUUCUACUCACGGCAUGUCAGAUGGGAUGAAGUGAGUCCGAACGAUGCCGCUGCACUGCUCAAGAAGUUCAUCCGGGAGCUGCCCGCUCCUCUGCUCACCGCGGAGUACCUCAACAACUUUAGCGCCGUCAGGGAAAUCACAGAGUUGAAACAGAAACUCCACAUGCUGAACCUGCUCAUCCUGCUGCUGCCCGAGCCCAACAGAAACACACUGAAGGCUCUGCUGGAGUUCCUCAGUAAGGUGGUCUCCAAGGAAAAGAAGAACAGGAUGAACCUGUGGGCCGUCGCAACCAUCAUGGCUCCCAACCUGUUCCUGCAUAAGGCCGUCCCAAGCAGACUAACUGAGGGUGGAGAGAAAGGGCAGGCGGAGAAGGCGGCGGAUGUUAUGAGGCUCCUCAUCCGCUACCAGGACCUGCUCUGGACGAUCCCUAAUUUCCUCAUGAGCCAGGUGCGUAGGCUGAACGAGAACAGUAACCGGCGUUACCAGUUAUAUGAUCGUCGCUUCAAGAACCUGCUGAGAAAGAUUCACACGGACAGCAGGGAAAAACCGGAGAAAAACUCCGAGCCACAUCGUACAGUGAAAAUCCAGGUUGGAGAACUGGAAAGCAGCACGAUGGAUUAUCAGCUUAACUUAAAUUCAAGAGCCUCCGACCUUCUCGCCCAGUUUUACCGCCAGUUCCUCAGAAGCCCUGAAAAUGGAAAGGGCAAAAUGCGGAGGAACGGCUCGGUGGCGUAUUCGGACUGCGCCCUGUACGAAGUGGGCGGGAAUAUCGGUGAGCACUGCCUAGAUCCAGACACACACCUUCUAGAUUUGUACAACAGCAAUCCUGGAGGAGAGUGGAUCAUCAAAAGGAGACCCAGCGGCAGCAGGGGGCUGUGAUGGAUGGACUGAACGAAAACUCAGUUUCAGACUAAACAUAAAGGCAUCAAGGUCUACGGAAAAAUCAAAUCCACACAGCCAUCACUUCUUCAUAUCCUGUUCAUCCCGUGAGCAACAAGCGAGAGGGAGACAGAUGGAGGAAGCGGGAACGGAUAGAUGGAGAAUCUGCCUGGAGCAGAGCCUAAAAACUGUCUGCGAUCACAUGAACACACACUACCCUCUGUCUUUCUCUUCCUGCCUCUCUCCAUCUUCUUCUUUUCCCUUCACUACAUCAUUUCUCUCCUGCGUUGCAACGCUGAGAGCCUAAAGCUGCCGACGCGACUCAUUACUUCCAACAGAGAACCUGCUGCACAGAAAAGGGGAGAGCGACCGGCUGGACAGUUUGCUUCGCCAUCUUUUCUCUCAAGCAAUCGUAUCCAACCAUGAGCGAGCAGAUGGGGAUGCAGAGCACCUCUGGCUAUAGAGAGCUCACCCCCUCUGUCAGGCCAGCAUCUGCUCCACAAAAGUGUUUUUCUAUCAUGACUUAUCAGGGCUUUGUAAAAAGCUCAAACAUGAUACAAGAGUUUUAUGUGCAUAUUUGAAGAAAAUUUGUCUAAUGCUAAAAGUCAGCGGAAUACAAGAUUUCAUUUGUAAAUAUUUCCCCGCCUGUAUCUCCAGUGAUUAAGCUAUUAUUACAUCAUCAGUCUCCAGUGUUACCAUUGCUCAGUCACUUACAUGGCCAGUUCAUACAGACAAGCCUGGAUAUUCAACUUUCAGUCUUAUUAUGAAAUUCUGGAUUUCUCAGCUUUUGUCAGAAAAAAAUAGUUGACCAUGAAGUAAUACAUGAGGUGCUCCAUACCUUGAUUUCUUUGUUCACCCACCAGUGUUACUUUACCAUAAAUCAGGAAAAACACAGCUAGGAAAAGCUGAUUUCUUUAUUCUUCUAUCCUGACUUAAGCAGCAAGUUUUCCUAUUUACACAUGCUCUUUACAUCUAGAGCUACUCGUAACCUCGUGUAAACAAAUUUGAACAUAAAACCCUUGGAUCAUUUUUUUGAAACAAAAAUAAUGAGAAAACAGCAGCAUGAAAGAAGACACUGGGCACUUAAGCUGCUGGAGCAGAAGCUAACCUGGAAAAAGACAGUUCAUCCAGAUCGAUCCAGAUUGAUUCUGCAGCUUUGAUGACUUAAGUAAACGAAGACCGUGGUUUGUCGGUGUCAACUCCUUUCUUCACCUGUGCCAUUCAAUGAGGGAAAGAGACCCUGAUGAACUGAUAUCCCUUUAUCUGUGAAACUCUGCGAUCUCCUGGGCAUUAAAAUUCAAAAAUCCUCGGACUUCCUGAGCUGCACGGAGCAGCACUCAAAGAGACUCUCUUGGACACCACGAGAUUUGGUGUUGUGACCUCAAGGACAGUGACUGUACCUCUAAAGGGAGUUGUAAAGGACACUCAGUGAAGCUGGUCUUCUCGUCUCUUUUUUAAAAAAAACACACGAAUGAAGGCGAAAACGAGCAAAGUGACUCAUGGGAUGUACCGGGAUUAUUAUUAUUAUUAUUGUUAUUAUUUAUAUGAAUGUAAUACCGUUGUUGCUUCUUAUUCAGUGAGUAUUGUGUAGGAUAGCAAGACUCAGUGUAACAGUAUGAUGUGUUAAGCUGCCCAUACUCGGUGUGGGAGUUUGCAGUGUUUGUGUUCAUAAUUGUUCGUACGCUGGCAUUUUUUUAAUGGAUCUCUUUACAUCUGUUAGUAGGAGAAGUUGUAUAAAUAUGGCUCAUUCAUACACACUUUAAGGAUAACUCUCUGCAGUAGGACUGUUUGUUGUGAGGCUACUCAAAGCUUUUUCCAAACGCAGUCGAGCAGCAGAUGAAUGUAUUUAGUAUUUUGUACCGAUCGCCAGAUGUGAAUCGUUUGCUCCUCGCAGACGGAGCCAUGUUGGUGCGCCGCGGCCAUUUUGUGGGAAGCGUUUCACACACUCCACUCGAUAGACGGGGUAAUGACAGCCGGCCCGGCACCCGACAUCUAUCAACACCCUCCGCUCCAUCUCUGUCACUUCCCUGUAACGGACCAUAAUGGCAGCGCAGCAUCAGAAAUGCACACGGAGGAAUCGCAUUUCUUUGAUAAAGCAGAACGUAAUAAAUGGGCGUUAUAAAUUCUGCUGCCCUGGACCUGAUGACAGCAGUGUGUGUGUGAGUGUGUGUGCAUGCACGUGUGUGAUCAGCUUCAUUACACAAGUCCAAUUGGCCCGUCCCAGGGUCCCAGGCACAGUUCAGUGCCUCGGCACAAAGCGAGUUGAUGAAACUGCCUUCUGCUGACAAUCAGGAGAACUAGGUCACCUCUGAAGCAGCGUCCCGGAGGGCGAGCACCCUGAGGAGCAGAGCACGUGGACACGCAUUGUCUAAACACACACGCUGAACAACAGUGUAAACAGGGGCACAGGUUCACACUGCAGCAGCUUUCUAUGAACUGUGUUUGUAUGUGAAUGUAUUUGUGUGUGUGUGUGUGUGUGUGUGUGUGUGUGUGUGAGAGAGAGAGAGGACGCUUCCUCUCUGAAACAGUGUUAUCUGUGUGAUUACCCAGGGACUCUCACACAACUACAUGAAGGACAUUUACAGUUUUUAAUAAAUCUGUGAAAAUACUUCUUUUCUGUAGAAAGAAAAACUUUUGAAAAAUGUUCCUUUUUUUUGUCAAUAAAUGUGAAUCUCAUGUUG